AUGGCCAUGGCGUCCGCCCUUGCGCUCCUCCUCGCGCCCAGCCGAGGUACCCUCUCCGCCCCAUGGCAUCCCGGCCUCGCUCCUCCUCCUCCCCCCGGCCACCCUCUCCGCCCCAGCCGCCACCCACCCGCGCAAGGCCGGGAGCCCCCAGCAGCUCCAUGCCGCCUCCUGCUGCAGCAGUUCCGCUCCGGCCGUAGGAACCGGUGGAGGAGGCGCUACCGGAGCGAAGGAUUGCAGUUCUUCUUGGCAUGGUAUUUGAUGUCUCUUGAUAUGAAUCCGAUUGCAACUAAGGCGGUCACUUCUACCGUCCUAACUCUGGCCGUGGACCUCACCUGCCAGAAGUUUCAGGUGCUUGCUGCUAAUUUUGUAGCCCUUGCGUGGAAUGUGAUUUUGACAUUUAAGGCUCACAAGGAGGUUACUGCAAAAUAG